AUGGAUAGAAGUAGAGAGGCUGGAGAGCAGGGGGGAGUUGCUGGUGGAGGAGUGGGGACUCACCAACCAGCCAACCCUACGCUACCUACUUCUUCUACACCAUCUCCUACUACCGUGGAUCCUGUGAAAGCUUUCUCUAUUGAGAAAUUCAUGGGGGAGGACUACGAGCACUGGAGUUUCCGCAUGAGGCGGAUGUAUACCCAAUACAAGCUAUUGGAUUUGGUUGAGGGGAUGGAGAAGAUGCCGGAGGCCGCGGAGCUGAAAGGAGCGUGGAUGAAGCGAUCGUUCGACGCGUACAUGCUCACGUCAUGGUCUGCCCUAGCGAUCAACCUCAACUCCCAACAACCCCAAUGGAGCGUGGAUUACAUUCAUGCGCGCAUCCUAGAGGAGGACCUGCGGCGGCAGAGUGUGGAGCGCUCGGAGGAGGGGGUUGGCUAUGGAGUUGGAGGUGGAAAGAGUGGCUUCAAGAAGAAGUGGAAGGGCAAGAACAAGGAUAAGCCUAAGGAGGAUGGCGGCGGGGGUCAAGGGGAGGUGUGCUUCUACUGCAAGAAGCGCGGACAUCGUUGGCGGAAGUGCUACCAACGACCAAAGGAUUGGACCCCGCCUUCAUCAAGCGACCAGCGUGGUGGCACGAGGAGUGGGGGAGUCAUGGGAGCUAGUGGAGAGGAGAAGGAUGAGGAGAAAGGCGGCAAAUCUGAGGAGCGGAAGGCCGGGUUCUUCUUCUUCGUGAACGAAGGCGCAACCGACCAAGCUAUGGCUGCCAAGCAAGGCGCCGGUCCUGCUGCGGAGGAGGGGUUGGAGGAUGAGUCGGCACGUGUGGACUCCCCAUCUCAGCCCGAGCCUGCUGCAAACACCAAGGUCACCAAGAGGAGUGUGCAGAGAGGAGCUUCACCACAUGGGCAGUAG